ACACAUGGCGACAGUGGAGAGGAAGGCCACUGAAGCUUUUUAGCUGUGGGGGAGGGAGGGGGCACCGAAGCAGGUCAGAUCAACACAUGAGACGGUGCCCAUUGCGCUGCAAACAGAGCACUCUGCUCAAUAAAUUUGCCGGCCGAAGUAGGCCUUCCAUCGCAGCACAUUACCUUUCGUCGGUUCAUGGCUUCUCUUCUUCCCGGCUUCAUCGUAUUCUCUUUGCUUGCUGGUGUCCUCCAUGGUCAGCUGUCGCCAUCGUUCUACGCCACCACCUGCCCCAACCUGCAGACCAUCGUGCGGUCGGUGAUGGCCCAGGCCGUCAGCCAAGAGCCGCGUAUGGGUGCGUCCAUUCUCCGCCUCUUCUUCCAUGACUGCUUCGUCAAUGGCUGUGAUGCGUCGAUUCUGCUGGACGACACGGCGAACUUCACAGGCGAGAAGAACGCGGCGCCGAAUGCGAACUCCGUCCGUGGCUACGAAGUCAUCGACGCCAUCAAAACCCGGGUGGAGGCGGCCUGCAACGCCACGGUCUCCUGCGCCGACAUCGUCGCCCUCGCCGCUCGCGACGGCGUAUACCUGCUUGGGGGUCCGACGUGGGCGGUGCCGCUGGGCCGCAGGGACGCGAGGACGGCGAGCCUGGACGCGGCCAACUCCAACCUCCCGGGCCCAUUCUCCAGCCUCGCCACGCUGAUCUCCAUGUUCGACGCCAAGGGCCUGAGCGCGCAGGACAUGACGGCGCUCUCCGGCGCGCACACCAUCGGGAUGGCGCGCUGCGGCCUCUUCCGCUCCCGCAUCUUCAACGACGCCAACGUGAACGCCAGCUUCGCCGCCGAGAGGAAGCUGACCUGCCCGGCGACGGGCGGCGACGGCAACCUGGCCCCCCUCGACGUGGCGACCCCCAACCUGUUCGACAGCAGCUUCUACAGGAACCUGGUGGCGGCGCGGGGCCUACUUCACUCGGACCAGGAGCUCUUCAACGGCGGGUCUCAGGACGCACUGGUGCGCAACUACAGCGUCAACGCCACGGCGUUCGCCAGCGACUUCUCGAGCGCGAUGGUGAAGCUGGGAUACCUCAGUCCUCUCACCGGGAAAAAUGGCGAGAUCAGGUUGAACUGCAGAAAGGCGAACUGAUAUGAUGCAGUAGUCACUGUUCUUUCACGUAGCGAGGAGACAAUUAUAAGAUCUAUUUCUUCAACAAAAAUCAAGAAUAAGUUCUCGUCGCCGAUGGUAAGAGGAACGAUAACUAUUGACCGAAUGAUUCUGUACGGUUGUCAACCUUAUCAUCUACUGAUCGUAUCAGUAGUCGUUCGCACUGUGAUCGACCCUAAGCUAAGAUGACAACAUUGAAGGAGAAGCGUCUCCUACCGCACGGCACAAAUAGAGUGGCAGCUUCAUGCCGACGGUAGUAAUAGCAUGGUUGGAGGUGAAGAAAACAGAGCAACUUCCGGAAUGCUUAGCAUAGCCUCACUGGUACGUGAGACAGCUCGGAUCGAUGUCAGUCUGGCAUACAGAAAGGGAUUGGCCUGCACAAUGAUCACAUGCACGUCCUUUUCGAUGCCUCACAGGCAGGUCACUGUCAUGACAACUCGCUCAUCCGUGUCCCGAACUCCAUGGCUACUAUAGGCCAAAGUUUACUCGGCUGUCACACCGAUUUCUGCACUGUGGAAUAGAGUCCGUGGCAAAUGAGAAGCUCAACCCGAUGUUGACUGUGAAGAAGACGAGAAGAGGGAACGUGUUGACUGUG